AGCCUCGGCAGGGGGCGGUCAGGCCCCGCGAGCAGGUGGGCCAGCCCGUGGCCUCCCCUCGUGGCCUCCCCUCCUCACACAGCCCCAGGCUUCCAGAGCGGCGGGAGGAGCUCUCUGGCCUCCUGACGCCCUCAUGGGACACAGCACCACCAUGACCCUCGUGCAGGCUCUGACCAGAGUCCCCCACCCUAAGCUGUGCCACCCUUACCAGGCCCAGCCCUGAAGACACCAUGAGUGGGACUUCCUGCCUCGGGGUCUUGGUCCUACUGCUGCUGGGAGCUGCUGGGACAGCGACGCGGGAGUCCGCAGACUGCGGGCAGCCCCAGGUGUCGAGUCGGAUCGUGGGAGGCCGGGACGCCCGGGUCGGACAGUGGCCGUGGCAGGCGAGCAUCCAGCACCGCGGGGCGCACGUGUGCGGGGGUUCGCUCAUCGCCCCGCAGUGGGUGCUGACCGCGGCGCACUGCUUGCCCAGGCCUACGCUGCUGUCCGAGUACCGCGUGCUUCUGGGGGCGCUGCGCCUGGUCCCUGCCUCGCCCCGCGCGCUCUCGGCGCCCGUGCGCAGGGUGCUCCUGCCCCCCGACUUCUCCGAGGACGGCGCCCGCGGCGACCUGGCGCUGCUGCAGCUACGCCGCCCGGUGCCCCUGAGCGCCCGCGUCCAGCCCGUGUGCCUGCCCGAGCCCGGGGCCCGCCCGCCCACCGGCACACCGUGCUGGGUCACCGGCUGGGGCAGCCUGCACCCGGGAGUGCCACUUCCAGACUGGCGACCUCUGCAGGGAGUGAGGGUACCACUGCUGGACAGGCGCACCUGUGACCAUCUGUACCACGUGGGCACCGACGUGCCCGGCACUGAGCACAUCGUGCUGCCAGGAAACCUGUGUGCAGGCUACGUCCAGGGCCACAAAGACGCCUGUCAGGGUGACUCUGGGGGACCCCUGACCUGCAUGAGAUCUGGGCGCUGGGUUCUGGUGGGCGUGGUGAGCUGGGGCAAGGGCUGUGCCCUGCCCAACCGUCCAGGGGUCUACACCAAUGUGGCCACUUACAGCCCCUGGAUUCAGGCUCGCCUUAGCCUCUAAUGCAGUCACACUGACCUGGAGCCAGAGGCUGGGGUCCCUCUGAGGACCUGCGCAGUCCCCCCGCCUUGCACCUCCGACUUGAGGCUCACGGGUGGUAUCAUCCACCUGUCCAUCCCUGUCUCCUCUGUAGGGCCCACCAAGCCCUAGCCACCAGCCCUCCUCCAGGAGCCUCCCGUGGGGCGGGGGGGGGGAGGGGGGCUGUGUCACAAUCCCUCCCUUUCCCUCCCCUUCCCGCUCAUAUUACCCUUCUCAGCUGCAGCCCCUGGGUGCCCAGAGACAGGCAAGUCAGCUGGUGCGCCGUCUGGCUUCUGGGCCCCAUUUGUCUGUUUGUCUGGAGGAAGUUGGGGACAGUCAAAGUAUGAGAGGGAUUCAGGCCCAGGAGAUGCUUCUCCAUGGCUGCGGGGGAGCCCCAGUUGACAGCCGGCAGGGAAGCUCCUCCCUGCCACAACCACAAGGAGCUGAAUGAACCUGGGACGCAGUGCCCCCCCACUCCCCCUAGGCCUCCAGCUGAGAGCCCAUCAGGCCACCCCACAGGCCAAGCCCUUGAACCCAGUGGAGCCCUCCCAGACUCGUGGCCCCCAGAGCUGUGACUUAAUAAAUGUGGGUGUUGCAGGCUG